UUUAACGGACGCCAAGAACAAGAAGACAAGAAGACACGCUUUGGUCAAGGAUCACAUGACCUCCAUGGAUGACAUCAUGACAGACUUGGUGACUGAGGAUCCAUUCUAUGGUGGGCCCACAGCCACCGACGACUAUGACUACCCUGACCUUCUGUGCGACCUGGAGUCCGUGCGCCAUUUUCGGCGCGUGUGCGAGCCAGCACUCUUCUGGAUGAUCGCGCUGGUGGGUGGAGCCGGGAACCUGGUGGUGGUGUGGAUCUAUCUGAACUUUCGGCGGCGCCUGAAAACCAUGACAGAUGUCUUCCUGCUCAACCUGGCGAUGGCCGACCUUUUGUUCCUGGUCACGCUGCCACUGUGGGCGGCCGAGGCGUCUCACGGCUGGAGCUUUGGGUCCACCCUUUGCAGGAUCACCUCGGGCCUGUACAAGGUCAACCUGUUCAGUAGCACACUCCUCCUGACGUGUAUCAGCGUGGACCGCUACAUUGUCAUCGUGCAGACCGCCAAAGCACACAACUCGCAAGCGGAGCGGCGCCGCUGCGGCCGGCUGGUGUGUGCAGGGGUGUGGUUCGCCGCCCUGCUGCUUUCCACACCCGAGCUGGUGUUUGCCAAGACUGCGCCGUCAGACGGCAGACCCGAGGAGUUCUGCAGGAUGGUGUUCCCACCGCACAUGGGGCAGCGCACCAAAACGGCGGUGCUGUCGGUGCAGGUGGUAAUGGGCUUCUGCUUGCCCUUCCUGGUCAUGGCGACGUGCUACAGCGCCAUUGUGGCCACGCUACUCAAGACACGCAAUUUCCAAAAGCACAAAGCCAUGCGCGUCAUCCUGGUGGUGGUGGCGGUCUUCUUGCUGUCGCAGCUGCCUCACAACGCCGUUUUGGUGACGGAGGCGGUACAGGCGGGCAACAUGACCAUGACAGAUUGCAGGGAGCUCAAACGCUUCCUGAAGGUUGGCCAGGUGUUGAAAGCCGUAGCCUACCUGCACGCCUGCCUCAACCCUUUCCUCUACGCCUUUGUUGGCGUGCGCUUCCGCCGUGACCUCCUGAGGCUGCUGAGAUGUUUCCGCCGGACGCCGCCAUCAGAGCAGUCGAGCCGCUCCGGCAAAAGUCAUCUGGGUUCAGUGAGAGCAUCUGACAGCGACACGUCACAGGCCCUGUCGCUAUAGGCGGGACUUUCUGUUGGUGGCGUGGUGGCUGCGAUAAUGCGCUUGUCACGUAAAAGACAUUUUGUCAAAACAGGAAGUGCUAACAGACAAACAAGCAGCAGGAAGUUGACUGUCAUGCUGAUUUUCUUAACUUCCUUCCCUCACUUCCUGUUUUCACCUGCAUUCCGACAAGCUUUCUCGUGAUCUUUAUUGAAAAAUAUACAGAGACAAGCGAUAACAAACAUGUCAGCCAUUCUCCACAUGGGAGGACAAAGUUGUUUUGAUGAUAGGACAAACGCUAAGGUGACAGGAAGUGAUGAGUGAUGCUGGUCAAAGCGGUCCCAGGGAUUCCUCUCAAGCAACAAAAUAAAAGAAAGUUUGACCCCAAGUAACCUUUGAUGUCUGGAGAAACUUCUUCAUAGUUUGUCCUUGACCACUUCCUGUUGACUUUUAGGUCACUUGAUCUUUCAAACAGGAAGUGACAUGACCACUUGACGCCAGAACUUUUCUUUUCAGCGGAACAAACAAACAAACAGCUGAGUCACAGUGUGUGUGUGUGUGGGUCAGCUGACCUCUGUGUUUCAAUAUGCUUCCUAUUUGCUGACACGGCUGCACACACAAACACACGCAAAGAUACACACAGUGUGACAACAAAGGUCACAGGUCCCAGAUGGACAAAGGCG